UCCGGAUGAUUGGAACAGCUAUGUUACAUACUUAGAAUCUUAUUUACACCUACUUUCUGAGUCUGAUAAGAAUGAGAAUGGUAGCAGUUCAGAUUCUGUCAAUUUGGACGAAGCUCGCGAGUUUUUGUAUUCAUUACAAAAAAGUGUGAUAGAGAGUUCUGAUAUCAAACGGGGUCCUUUCCUUGCUGAGCUUAAAUUGGAGAAGAGCGUAGUCGAAAAAUUAAAAGAUUGUAAACCGGCAAAAGAAAUCGAUACUCUUAUUGUCGAUUAUUUUCUCAGGUUUGGAUCCAAAGCUUGUUGCUUCGAAGAUUUGCAACCUUAUUUGAAGGAAAUUCAUAUAGAUUCUGCUAAAAAAAUAAUUGAGAAAUUUAAAGCCACAAUUGAUGAGUCUGGUGAUGACGAUAAGUCCAAGAUUCAAAACGUCAAAAAGAAUGUAAAUAUUCAUAAGUUUGAGAGAUAUCUAAAUUUACUUGUAGAAUAUAACGAGGUCGAAUCAACACAAUAUGUUAAUAAAUUAUGGCGUUCAUAUAAAGGCUCGCUUCAAUAUGGAACCAAGUUGCUAGAAGCAGAAAAUCAACACGGCGAUGACUUUAUCUUAUUAUGUUCACAUGUUUUAAUUGAUUUAUAUAAAAAAUCUGGCAAGAGCAGUUAUAUCUUUCAAGCAAUUUUCCUCUUAGAAGCUGCAAUGAAAAAAAGCAAUUAUAACUUCCAGUUUAAAUUAAUUUUGAUAAGAUUGUAUCAGACGAUCGGCGUCUUCGACAGGCCAUCAGAGCUAUACAAAUCAAUGGAUAUUAAACAUAUUCAACUGGAUACUAUGAGUCAUUACAUAGUUUCACGGUCUUUUUCAUCAGGAUUCUUUGAUGAAUCUACUCAAGCUUGUUACGAUACAACACCUAUUUAUCGUAGUAAUGAACUUGAGACACCUGAGAUGAUAGUACAAGCAUUCAAAUUUACAACAUUUUCCAAAAUUCAAGAAUUCGUUGCACUUCGGAAAGAACUUGAGAACUCUUUACAGAAGGCUCUCGUUGAUCGAGAAAUGGUACGACUAGAAAUUUUAAUUGCUUCAAAAACCAAUAAACAAGUAAUAGAAUAUUUCCAAGACUUGGAUGUUUCUGAUUUUUCAUAUGAUGAUGGUUUUUGUACAAAUCUUCGAGAUAACAGAGAUUUUGUUUCCAUGCCAAAUUAUAAUCCUGAUAGUAAGCCAACCAUGGAAGAGAUUACUAGAGUAUCACCAAAACUUGACAAACUAUGGCUUAAACUCUUCUCAAUUAUUCCACGUAUUUUAAAAUGUAUACAUGUUGAACAGAAUGCUGAUAAUGUCAAACAGCUAGUUGAAGAAUUGGAAAAAGUAUUAACUGAGGAAAUCAAUGGCGAUCAUAAUAUAAUGGAGCAAGAAAUGCAACUUGGUAAUGUAAUCGUUAAACUUGGUCGCCUUUUCAUAACUGUAAAAGAAAUUCAAAAUGGGCAAAAAGAACUAGUCAGUGCAAUAAAAGCUUCGGAACCCGUCGACAAUUCUCAUAUAAAAGUAUAUGAUAUCAAAUGGUUGUUGUUUCAUCAGCUGACUUCUUUCUUAGAGACAUGCAAUUAUUCUCUGAUCGGAAUUGGGGCUUUAAACGAAACAAUAAAUGUUAAAAAUAAGAAAUCGGGUCUGAGAGCGUUGGCUCAAAAACUACAAAAUAUGUCAUUGACAAUAAAGAAUCACCUUAUAUAUUUAAAAAAACAAUUAAUCUGCUUAAAGGAACUUUUUAAAAAUGAAGAAGACUGUGAUAAAAUCUUGCUUUACAUUAAAUCUGAACCACAUGUCGAGUUUUGCGAUGAGGAGGAAAAUGUGCCAUUUAUUAAAGAAAUUUUAGAGAAGGUUAAAACGAAUUGGAAAGACAACUUUCAUAAUAUGAUUAAAGAAAUAGAGA